UGUUUCAUUUUCGUUUCCGGGAAGGAUAAAUCGUCGCAGACCACGCUACUCUCUGCGUUCGCUCACGAGCUGAUUGAGGGGGGUUGAGGGGAUCUGGGCAGAAGCCGGAGUGGCAUCCAAAGGCUCCCACCCAGCCCCAAGAGCAGGGGCGCCUCCUCACCUUCCACCUGUAAUGCAGGGCGAAGUGGCAGCUAGUUCUUCAACUCCUGUGGUAACAUCUGCUUUGCCUCUGCAGUUGCAGCCCGUGGCAGGGAUAUCAUUACAGUCGCUCGGUGAUGGACAAAUCUGCAUGUUACCAGGCCGGCUCAGAAUCCAGCCAUCCCUAUGGAGCAAAGAUGAUGUCAUUCACUGGUUAAGAUGGGCUGAAAAAGAAUAUUCACUCCGGGAAUCUGAUGCAAACAAGUUUGAAAUGAACGGGAAAGCCCUUUGUAUUCUCACCAAGGAAGAUUUCAGAUUUCGGGCUCCUAAUUCAGGAGAUGUUUUGUAUGAGUUACUCCAAUACAUUAAGACCCAGAGAAGAGCCCUUGUUUGCAGCCCUUUUUUUAACUCUCCUUUUCAGGAUGCAGAACACAAACCAUCCCAGAGCGCUCCAGAAGGCCUGAAAUGCAGGUUAGAAGGUCUCCCAACUGAUAGCCAUGCACUACCUACAGAAUGUUUGAUCAUCACUGCGAGUCAUCCAAGCCAUGGAGACCAAUCCAGGUCUUCCACCAAAGCUUUCUACAGUCCUGGGGCAACCUCUCUUCCUCAUCACAAUGCAGAGAUCAGCUACAGAGCAAAUCUUGUGUGUUCUUUUCCUGUGACAUCGUCAGCUCCAGUCAGUGGUAAAAUCGCAGACUGCAGGUUACUCUGGGAUUAUGUCUACCAGCUCCUCUGUGACAGUCGAUAUGAAGCGUUUAUCAAAUGGGAAGACAAAGAAGCCAAGAUCUUUCGAGUCGUUGAUCCCAAUGGACUAGCCAGACUUUGGGGAAAUCACAAGAACCGUAGAAACAUGACAUAUGAGAAGAUGUCAAGGGCUUUGAGACAUUACUAUAAACUCAACAUCAUCAAAAAGGAACCUGGACAGAAACUCUUAUUCAGAUUCCUGAAAACGCCUGGAGAGAUAAAACAUGACAAAUCCAGUAAAUUUGAACAGCUGGACCAUGAAGAGCAAGAAGGGGAGGACUGGAAAGAUGAUGUGCUGGAAAUCUCGCCUUAGAUGGUAUCAAGAAUGUGUUUUAUGUGACGGAAAGGCUUUUUAAUUACUGAAUGAAGUAAAUUAAUGUCUCAAGGGCGUAUCUAUUCUGUAGCUUACUGCAGCUCAAGUGUGUGGAAUUAAUCCACCAGAUCUCUGCUGCCUUUGAACUGGACCAUCUACUUUUAAGCUGCUGUCAAAUUGUAAGUGAACUCGGUGUACACAAAGCAGCGGGGUGUUGUAUUCAGAAACAAUGGUCCUUGGGAUAAGGUGUCCCUGCACCCCCAGGUUGUUGCUGGUGGACUUGCUAGUGACUCUCUCAAAGAUCAGCCUUUUUACACACACACACACCAUUUUCUAUACACCAUAGAGAGUUGUACAGUUUUGCUGCUAAUAAUAAAAACUCAACACACACAUCUGCAAACUGAUCAAUGUUUUGUACCAGAUUAAAGCAGCCCAGCAGCAGGCAUGAAAAGGCACAAAAUUAGGCCCGUUUGGCCAACACACAACCACCACAAAAACUAAUUUGGUUUUCAGGCUUCACACGUUUUUGUCUUGAGUAGGAAUGGUUGCCUCCCUUGAAAGAAGUGCAGCCUGAAACUUGCAAACCCAGUAAAAAGUGUAGGCUGUUUUUUUCUAAACCAAUUAAGCCAUGACCCACUGUCAACUGCUAGCGUAGAUCAAAAUAAUAUUAUUGCCUUCAUGACACCUUAUUUCACAAAUUGUUUUCAUCUUUAGCUGGUGGGGUUGCUAUUCCAGUUCUGUUUUUUUUGUUUUUUUGUUUUUACAAACAGGAAAUGGAGUCUGAGAGAGAAAAUAAAGAUACUUUUUAAUUUUUUUUAACAAACCUGCUGAUAUAAACAAAAUGUCCAUCACAGCCACACAAAAUGCCAACUUUCUCCACUGGUUGCAGAAAUUUGUUAAGAUGGUGCAUGGAUAAUAAGAAUCAAGAGUCUCAGCCACCUGAACAUGAAAGUCUGAAACUUUUACUUGCAUUAUUUUAUUUUGUAUUUAAGUGCUUCUUGAAAAAGUUGCUUUUAUCGAUCACUAUCAAAUAUUUCAUGUCAAAACUGAGUGGUUUUCAUUUCAAAAUUACUGGCAAUAAUUAGCAUCUUUGACUGUGGUCUGGCUCUAGUUGCAUGUAACCAGACUCCGCCACAACUAGUUGUCUCUGGAUGAGAAGAGCUGCAUCAGAAGAUGCAUCUGCUUAGUUCAAUGGGGCCUAAAUAAGCAAUGCAGUGUGGAUGCAAACGCUUAUCUGAAUAUGUAUUACUUGCAUGUGUGUAAGUUGCUUCGGAAGGUAGAUUUCCCUUGCGGCUGGAUCAAACUUCUGUUCUAUGGAAACAUUGCCUUUGGUUUAUUAUGGGGAAUGCAAUGGAUCAAGCAGCAGGACACACCCCACUUGGGGGAGAGACGACAUCUGGGCCAUGGUCAGGAGUGUUGAACCUCUUUCAGUCCAAGGGCUGAAUUUGGAGAAGCUCACAGGGGCCACAUUCUAGUGGUAAAUAGAUCCUCACAUGCAGUAUUAGGCUGUAUACAUACUGCUGCAUACAUGGAUUUCUGUGUGUCACUCGAUGGCCUUGUAGGCCCCUUCCAACUCUGCUAUUCUGUGAUUCUAUGUAAUGUGUGGAGUGGGGAAAGCAGAAGGUAGAACAAAGUUGACAAGGGAGAACAGUUGAAAUUUUUGAAAAAAAAUGCUGUUUUAGGGGAUGAAUGUUAAUUUAGUAUUUGAAUUUUGGUGUCUCUGAAUUGAAUGUGAACAUACCCUUGCAGUAAAGCAUAUAUACCCUAGGCGACAUUUAUGAUCUUCAGAGGAGGCCCUGCUCGUCAUCCCAACACAAAGAGAAUGUCGCCAUGAAGAACCUUGAUGGCGGGCCUUCUCUGUAGCGGCACCCACCCUCUGGAAAACCCUCCCUCGUGCGGUUCGGGAGGCGGAAAAUGUAAUAACUUUUAAACACCUCCUAAAAACAUCUUUUUAAACAAGCCUUCCCUGGACUGUAAUUUAUUCUGAUUUUAUGUGAUUUUAAAGUUUUAAUCUGGAUUUUAUGGUUUUAGUUGUAAACUGCCCAGAGAGUUUAGGCUGUUGGGAAGUAUAAAUAUAUAAUAAAUAAAUAAAUAAAUAAAGCA